AUGCCACUGGAAAACAAUAGCAACGGUGGUAGAAUAGAGACGAAUGUCGUAUGUGUGGCUAGAAGUGGUGAAGAUAUUGAAAAGGGGUUUGAAUUAUUGGAUGAGAGGAAAGUACAACUUCUUUAUGCACGUUUUCCCAUUGGAAAGGGGACAUUCAAGCGCAACAAGUUUAUCUCAGUGAUGUUCAUCGGACCCGAGUGUGGGAAUGUGAAGCGUGGGCGGUGCCUCACAUAUAUGAAUAGCUUUCGCGAUAAAUUAAAGGGAUCAGCGGGUAUAACAGUGACGGAGAAAUCUUCUCUUUCACUUCAUCAUCUUGUCGAGCGCAUGCGGACAGUAUUCGUCUCUGAUUUGGGGAACUUUUCCAUAGCACAGAUCAUAAAGGAGUUCCAGCAACGGAUUCAGGAACAGGAAGGAAGCUUUUAUUUUAGUUUCCCACCACAUCUCGGUUCUGUGGAACUUUCGUCAGUUAGUCGAGGUAGUAGAGGAAGCGUUGAUAUGGAGUAUGGUGAUGGUGAUGAUGGAAUGACGAGUACGGAUUCAUUAAUGAUGGAGCACUCCGUACCUUUUUCCACUUGCGUAGUAUCGGGGACUGUGGAGAGGGUACUUAACGCAGUGCGAAACCGACUUGGUUCACUGAAUUGGGUGACAUUCGCAGCCAACCCUGUUGAGUUGUGCUUAAGGAAUGCGGGAAAUGGUGGUGUGUAUGAACUUGUGCGCAACCUACCGCAUACCUUAUGGUUAUUCGGCCUAUUUCGCAUUACAUUGUGUGUUAAAGGCCACCGGAUGACACGUGUAGUAUCCUUUCAGUGGAUUGGUGAUCAGCUGGGGGCGGUUCCGCGUGACUCGUAUAGUAAGGUGAGCCCAAUCAUCGAAAGCAUUCUGUCUCCAUUCCAACAUGAAGUGUAUCUUGUUGGUGCACAGGAUCUAAAUCCCAACGACAUUAUUGAGCGGUGCUAUCGCGCCUUUGAAUAUCAAAUGCAAGAGGAAACUUUAGAACCUGUGGAUUUCUCUAACUAUGGUGGCUUUAUAAACUGCAGUGCAUUGCAGGAGGCGAAGAAGGAACUACGGCACGUAGGAAACGAUGCAACGACACCUGAAAAACAUCUAAAGGCAAAACUGGGUGUGAUGUACCGUACUAUUCUGGAAGAGGAAAGGGACCAAAUGGAUCAGCCGCUUGUCUUCACUCGUGUUGGAAAAGUACGUGAAGGGAAACUGAGGAUUCGAGAGAUCACUGGAAACUCAGCCACUACGCUCAAACAUGAGGAGGGUGCCUACGAUGCCGAGGAAACAUUGAAACUCAUUAAUAGGAAUGAAGGAGGUUUGAUAUGGGGAAUAUUUGAGGUGCGGUAA